GUGCCGGUAUUAAAAUUUAAGGCUUCCCCGUCCCGCCUCCAGGCGGCGAAGGAUGUUUGUUUGUAGUGUAAAUGGACGUCGAGAUGCUUUCGGGUCUACUGAAAGCCUGCGUCGCCGGCAAAUCCUUAGCCCAAGGGAAGCUCCUCCACUCCAAGUCCAUCUCUCUCGGCCUAAACACAAACACCUAUCUCGCCAAAGCCCUCAUCAACUUGUACGUCUCCUUCAACCUGUUCGACGCGGCUCGGCUGGUCUUCGAAUCCGUUCGGAACCCAUCAGACAUCUCCUUGUGGAACGGCCUCCUCUCCGCCUACUCCAAGAACCACAUGUACGACGAAGCCCUCCAUCUCUUUGAUAGGCUCCUGCUCUUCCCUCGCCUUAAACCUGAUAGCUAUACCUACCCGAGUGUUCUCAAGGCCUGCGGGGGAUUGGUUGCUGCCAAGAAAGGAGAGUCGAUACAUGCCAACGUGCUGAAAUCGGGUUUCGGAUCUGACAUUGUCGUCUCGAGUUCCCUCGUUGGCGUGUAUGCAAAAUGUCAUCGCUAUGAAUCGGCAAUUCAGGUUUUCGAUGAAAUGCCUGAGAGGGAUGUCGCAUGCUGGAAUACGGUGAUGUCUUGCUAUUACCAGGAUGGACAGGCGUCGAAGGUUUUGGAGGUGUUUGGAAUGAUGAAAAGUUGUGGUUUUAAGCCUGACUCAGUGACAUACACGACCGUGUUCUCUGCUUGUGCAAGGCUUUUGGAUUUGGAGACCGGAUGGAGAGUGCAUGAGGAGUUGGUCAGAACUGGAUUUGUAUUGGAUGGGUUUGUUAGUUCGGCAAUUGUGGACAUGUAUGGGAAAUGUGGUUGCUUGGGGAGUGCUAGGGAGGUCUUUGAGCAGAUCCCGACUAAGAGUGUUGUCUCUUGGAACUCGAUGAUUGGUGGGUAUUCUUUGAAAGGGGACAGCAACUCAUGUUUGGAGCUCUUCUCGAGGAUGAAUAUGGAAGGAGUUCGGCCCACUUCAACCACUAUGAGCAGCUUGUUGAUAGCUUGCUCUAGAACUUCUGACAUGCGACGUGGAAAAUUUAUUCAUGGUUAUUUAUUAAGAAACCUUAUAGAUGUUGAUAUUUUCAUAGCCAGCUCGCUCAUUGAUCUAUAUUUCAAAUGUGCAAAUGUUGCAUAUGCUGAGUCAGUUUUUAAGACCAUGCCCAAAGCAAAUGUGGUUUCUUGGAAUGUGAUGAUUUCAGGAUAUGUGACAGCAGGCUGUUACUUUAAAGCUCUGGAUUUUUUCAAUGAGAUGAGAGUUUAUGGGGUGAGACCAGAUGCUUUCACCUUCGCCAGUGUUCUAUCUGCUUGUGCCCAGGUAGCAGCUCUAGAGCAGGGAAGAGAGAUCCAUAAGCAAGUAAGCGACCACUGUCUGGAAUCCAAUGAGAUGGUCAUGUGUGCUCUUGUUGACAUGUAUGCGAAAUGUGGUGCAGUUAGAGAUGCAAAAUUAGUUUUCGACAAGUUACCGGUGAAGGACAUCGUGUCAUGGACUUCCAUGAUCAUGGCCUAUGGAUCGCACGGUCAAUCCACCGAAGCUUUGGAGCUUUUCAGUGAAAUGCAGAAAGCAAAUGUCAAACCAGACCGUGUCACAUUCCUUGCAGCAAUCUCUGCUUGCAGCCAUGGAGGACUGGUUGACGAAGGUCGUUAUUAUUUCAAUCAGAUGACACGGCUCUAUGGAAUCAAACCUGGCAUAGAGCACUACUCCUGCCUCGUAGAUCUUCUUGGACGUUCGGGAAGGUUGCAGGAAGCUUACAGUAUACUUAAAAAUACACCUGGUUUAAAAGCAGAUGCUGGUUUGUUAGGUUCACUGUUCUCAGCAUGCAGUUUGCAUAGGAAUUUGGAACUGGGAGAGGAAGUUGCUAGGCUUCUUGUUGAGAUGGAUCCGGAUGAUCAUUCUACUUAUAUAGUUCUGUCGAACAUGUAUGCUUCUGCUGGAAGAUGGGAUGAUGUACGCAAGCUAAGAGCAAUGAUUAGAGAUAGAGGGUUAAAGAAGAAACCUGGUUGCAGCUGGAUUGAGAUUGAAAAAAGAAUUCACCAAUUCUUUGUGAAUGAUGAUUCACAUCCACAAGCUGAGUUUAUAUAUGCAUUGCUCGGUAGUCUUUCCGAACACAUGGAGAAGGAUAAACCUCAGCAAAUAAGAAAGUGAAUGGAACAAAUGGACUGAGCAUGCAAAAUUGAUUUCCUGAAACAGCAUUAUGUUGUCGGCCCCCGAACCUGUGGUCUGGAAAUCUCUGUAUUCGGCCCGGGUGUGAGCUUCAAGACAACAAAUAUUUGAAGUGCUGAAGCAAUACAUAUUGACCUUGUGAACCUUUGCAGUAGAGGUUGAUGAGAGGAUGGAUAUUAAAGGAUGUGUUUCUACUUCUUCAGAAAAUCUGUAUUUUUGGCAAUGAAGACUUGGACCACAAAGAAUAAAGCAAUCCUUAAAUAUGGAUCCGGUAAUCAUUGGAUAAUUCUUUCUUGAAGGCUAGAAGAACGUGAAGCUAGUGGCGAAAAGGAGCGCUAUUGGUAACAACUAGUAAAAAUUAAGGAGAUAUUGGAUUACAGAUGAUGGUACAAACUUGGGUGACGAAGAAAGUUUCAGGUAUCCCAAUUCUUGGUGGUCAGACUUCAUUCACUCCAUGAUCAGGGUCAGAGGUACCAAUCCUUUAUGCAUCACACGGUUUUGUGUUAUCUGAAAGUAGUGAUGCAAGAAAAAAAAUUGUAAGUACCCCGAAAAAAGUGAGUAUCCUCUUACAAGAUCAAAACAUUAUAACUAUCAUCAUAA